CUUGCAUGCUUUUUUCAGUUAGGGUUUCAUGCUUGAAGCUAUGUGUGCUUACUCUCUCUCUGUCACCCCUUCUCUCUCUCUCUCUCUCUCUCUCUCUCUCUCUCUCUCUCUCUCUCUCUCUCUCUCUCUCUCUCUCUCUCUCUCAAUUAUAGCUGGUAAACGAUCUUCUUUUGGUUUGAUUAUCUUCAAGAUUUUAGCUAUAUUAUCAUCAAACGGAUCAAAGAAGUUUGAGAUAUUCCUUUGGAGGAGGCGGAGUCCUGCUCCCAAGCUUGAACUUUGUCGGUUUCAAGAAACAAUAGAAUUUCGGAGACAAGACAAGCGGACGGAGAUCUGGACAGAGGCGCAAAAAUAUCAAUUUGUACUUCAUUUCUCACAAGAAACAUAAAAAUAGAGACUUUGAAUUAGCCAAGUGGUUUGGAAAUAUAGUAGCUUUAUGUUAACGUCAUCUAUAUGACUUUGUGAUAGUCAUGAUGUCUUUCCCCUAAAUGUUUCGCAAAAAAAAUACAAGAUUGUUUAUAAGGUUAAUGUCCACUAGUUUAUGUUCCUUCGUUGUUGGUUCAUAUGUAUAAAUGAUCAUUUUCAAACAAUUGUAUAGCUAAUUUUUCU